UUGGCUUCCACCACGUGGUUCUUUGGGUGUUUAUAUAAAGUGGGGUAGGAAAUGGUUGAUCAGUAGUUACAAAACUGACAACUUUCCAGCAAGACCCAAACAAGUACUCAGAAUGCAUAUCAAAGCAGUCUUGGCCAUAUUUGCUGUCCUUUGUCUGAGCCUGGUUUCUGGCCAAGAUCGGAUACAGAGGGACUGCAAUGAGCUGGAAAGGAAGUGCCGGGAGUGUGUCGGUCAACUUAACAACAGGGAGGAUCGCAACUUGCCCACCUUGAACAGGGAGUGCCAGCAGAAAACGAUCAGGACAUGGCAUUGGAGGGACAUCGGCCGUUGUGAACUCACAAAAAUUGACUGCCUUGGAUGGGAAAGUCGUUUGGACUGCGGCGAUAUUGCUCGCUUGGCUGGCAUGCGUAGGAGGAACUAAGUUUUGAAUUCCAAAUAUUAAAUAUUGCGAUAAUUGAUUAAUAAAAAUCCAAAGAGAGCAUUGAAA